CUGGUCUAUCAGUGUGAAAUUAUGCACUUAAUAAACAAGCCAAUAGAAUAUCCAAAUGGAAGCAAUAUCAAAACAAUCGAACAUAAAAUCAAACAAACAGAACCCAAAAUUCAAACAAAAAAAAAACCUAAAUCUUACGGCGAUCCCAGCGUAACAAAGUUUAACCAAAACUCCUGGAGGAAGAUGAUAAGAAAGCAAAGAAAAAAAAUAAGAGAGCGAGAAAUCAAAGUGAAAGAGGAAAAUAGGACAGAAAGCUGGAGAAGAGAAAAAGGGAAGCUUAGCGAGAAGGAGAGAGAUUGCAAUUUGCAGGGGUAGAAAGAACUUUGAAAGGGUUCGGUCGUUGGCAAAAGGCAGGGAAAAAGAAGUAAAAAAGUAGGCCCACAAAAGAUGAAGUACUCAAUAGCAGCCACUGAAAUUUUAGUACCACUGGUUGUUGUUGGCUUAUUAAUAAGGGUAAUAUAAAAGAAAUAUCUUGAUGAUUAUUUUUUUCCUCCCACUUUGGAGAUGGCAAUAGAGCAAGUUGAAGAAGAUGAUGGUUCUGUGUACACAAUGGAAGAAGCACUCACAUCAGUUGGAAUUGGUAAAUUUCAGUAUAUGGUAUUGUGUUAUGCAGGUCUUGGUUCUAUUUCAGAAGCAGUAGAGACUAUGAUUCUCUCUUUUAUAGGACCUGCUUUAAGGUCCCAAUGGUCUCUUUCUCCUACUCAAGAAAGUCUUAUGAGUAGUGUCGUUUUCGUUGGCAUGCUUAUCGGAGCUUUAUUUUGGGGGUUUAUCACAGAUUGUUAUGGAAGAAGGAAGGGGCUUUUAAGUAUAGCGAUAGUGACGGCUGUAUGUGCUACACUCUGUAUCUUUUCUCCGAAUUAUAAUUGGUUGCUUGCUGGGCGUAUGAUGGUUGGAUUUGGAGCAGGGGGUGGACUUGUACAUGGAUCUUGGUUUCUUGAAUUUGUGCCUUCACAAAAUAGGGGAAUGUGGAUGAUGAUUUAUGCAGGUUUUUGGACAAUUGGAACAAUACUUGAGGCUCUAUUAGCACUGAUGAUUAUGCCAAGAUUAGGUUGGAGAUGGUUACUGGCUUUAUCGUCCAUACCAUCAUUUGCAGCACUUUUGUUAUUUGUAUUUACAGUAGAAUCUCCUAGAUAUCUGUGUGCCAUAGGUAGGACAAGAGAUGCCUAUGAUAUUCUGAAGAAAAUAGCUGUCGUCAAUAAGACACAACUUCCCCCUGGAAAGCUCGUAUCUUCUCAAGUGACUGAGGUGCAUGAGGAAUUGCUUUCCCCUGGGAAAAUCAAAGUCUCGAUUCUUAAAUCAGGCUUCUCAUCACUACUAAUGCUUUUGUCCCCCGCGUUACUUAGAAAUACCCUCCUCAUAUGGGUGGUUUUUAUUGGAAAUGCCUUCUCAUAUUAUGGCAUUAUAUUGCUGACCUCACUGUUUAGCAGUGGACAAUGUCAACAUUCGUCAAUUGCUUUGAACCUGAAUGAUGAUCAGAGCCUUUAUACAAAUGUGCUCAUCAAUAGUCUUGCAGAGAUCCCUGGAACUCUUGUAGCAGCUAUAAUGGUGGAUAAAGUUGGUCGGAAAUUCAGUGUGGCACUUAUGUGUGGUUUAGGCUUCCUGAGCAUUUUACCGCUUGUUGCACCUCAACUACCUGCUUUGACUACUGCCUUGUUAUUUGGUGCUCGUACUUUCAUUUCUGGAAGCUUUGCCAUUGUGGGUGUCUAUUGUCGAGAGAUAUAUCCAACGUCUGUAAGGUCAACAGGUAUUGGAGUUGCAAAUUCUGUGGGAAGAAUAGGGCCCAUGAUUUCUCCUAUAGUGGUGGUGCAACUGGUAAGAGGGUGUCAUCAGACGGCUGCAAUCGUAUGUUUCGAAGCAGUUCUAGUUUUAUCAGCAGUCAGUGUUCUGCUCUUAUCAGUAGAGACAAAGGGUAGGGAACUAAUUGAUACUCACGAUGUCUAAAGUUUGGACUUAUUUCAUUUUACUUGUGUAGAAGUGAUGAAUAUGUUUGUAUCACUUUCAAUUACCUGUGUAAGAUUGGAUUUUAUGAAACUUCCUCUCAUUUGCAGCUAAA